AUGUUCUUGAAGUCGAGAUUAGCCCACUUGACAAAACUUGAUAGCAAUUCUUAUCAAAUUUUGAUUGAAAAUGGGAGGGGGUACAAGUGGAGGCCAGGACAACACGUAUUUCUUAGGUUUAAAGGGUUACGCCUUCUUGACAGUCAUCCAUUUUCGAUAUCAACUACAACUGAACUGGGCGAAGGAAUGAAGUUUAUAGUGGUUCCUAAGGAUGGAUUGACUAAAGCUCACUUCACAGAGUUGGAUCGCCAAAUUGAGCUUAACAAACAGGUAUACAUUGAUGGUCCAUAUGGAGGAACAUUUCGUGAUGUAACAAAGUUUGACAAGAUUGUGUUGGUCGCAUCAGGCAGUGGAGUCACAGCCACAAUUCCAUUCUUGCUGUAUAUCAGCCAAUUGCAUCAACAAGGGUCGCCCCUAGCUGACAACUUGAAAUGCAUCAACUUCAUCUGGGUGGUGAGAAACCAAAGCGAUGUUGCAUGGUUUCAGGACGAAUUGAUCAAAUGUCAGGAGAUAUUGGGAAGAAAGUUACACUUAGACAUAAGAGUAUGUCAUUUUCCAGAUCAGGUAGAAAAUCCUGCAGGUACUAAAGUGGAUCUUGAAAAGAGCAUGGACUCAGAAACCAUGGUGAACAUUCCUGCUUUCCCAGUAACUUAUGGUAAGCCAAAAAUUGCUCAAAUUUUAAACUCUUUAAAGACGAGUUUGUCUAGAAGAAACAUUUUCAUUUGUUCAGGUAGCCCAACGAUAUUGGGUCAAGUCUCACAAACUGUGUCUGAUCUUCAGUACUUGAUAUUCAACAAUGAUUUGAGACACACUGGUGUCGAAGAAGUAUAUUUACAUACCGAAAAUUUCAGCUGGUAA